UACGGCUCGUGUUGGCUCGUAUAGUCAUUUACUUGAUUCGUGCAAAUAGUUAUCCCAUUCAUAUGUACUGAAUUUUCUUUAACUUUUUGCACGAUAUAAGUGUUAUCUUGUUACACAGUUUCCAAAAAAGACAAAGAAUGCCGGCUUAUCACUCGACUUUUGUUGACAAUAAUUCAAUGCUUGGAAAUAUGGCUCUUUUGCCACUGAAGACAUCUUUCAGAGGACCAGCCCCUACUUUCAAUAAUCAAGAGCUUGAUAUAAUUGAUGAAGCUUUAUAUUCAUUUAGAGCAAACGUUUUUUUUAGAACAUACGAGAUAAAGAGUGAAGCUGAUAGAGUUUUGAUUUACAUUACGCUCUAUAUCACAGAAUGUCUGAAAAAGUUGCAGAAGUGUGCAACUUCAAAUCAAGCAUUAGGCGAGUUGUAUUCCUUGGCAGUUUCUAAAUUUGAUAUACCCGGUGAUCCUGGUUUUCCUUUAAAUUCUGUAUAUGCAAAGCCAGUCAAUUCAACUGAAGCGGAUCUGAUGCGGCAAUACUUGCAACAAAUUAGGCAGGAGACAGGCAUACGACUCAUUGAGAAAAUCUAUGGAGAGGAUGGCAAGCCAAGUAAAUGGUGGCUUUGCUUUGCAAAGAAGAAAUUUAUGGACAAAUCAUUAUCCGGUCCUGGACAAUGAUCAUUCCUUAUUGGCGAUUAAUUAAUUAAUAUAGUUACGUUUAAUUAAUUUAAUUUAGUCAAUUACUUUUAGAUUUGGUAUAACGUAACUUUUUACCUUUGUCACUAUAUGUAUCAUUUUCGUUCUACAAUGAUUAAAGUAAAGAUAAAUUAUUAUACGUUAGCAUGAA